AACUAAUUUAGGUCCUUUGAUUGUCUUUGUUCUUGCAGGUAUAGAACCCAUUGCUGAACGUAAGUAUUACACUCCUUUAAUGUGCUGUCAAGUUAUAGUUAAGAACAUAGAGUAUAACUAACUACUUCUCUCUCUCUCCCCUCCCUCUCUCUCUUACUCCAGGGUUUGAUGGAGAGUUGUAACCAGUUUAAUGUCAGCAGGAACAGUAGUAAUAAGUGGAGGACUUCUCGCCACAGUCAUCCUGCUCUGCAUUGUAGCAGUGCUGUGCUACUGCAGGCUCCAGUACUACUGCUGUAAGAAAAAUGAGUCGGAGGUGGACUUUGCUUCCGUGGCUGGAGGAGGUGACGGAACGGGAGGAGGAGAUGGAGAAGGGGAUGCUCAAGGGGAGGUUCAGGCUCACUUUGCCUGCAAUGCCUGCAGCGCCCCUGGGAUGGACAGCCUGGCUGUCACCCCUCUCUGCCUGGAGCCCCUGGAGGUGGGCCCUCCUCCCAACUACUGCCCCACCUGCUCCCCCUUCUGGCUACGCCCGGGACUUAGUGACGAGCUGCACAACGGAACCGAGCGGCUGGGAUUCCAUACGUAUCACUAUGACAACCCCGGACUGUGUCAAUCACUGCCCCUGUCAGACACGCCGCAGGCGCCCUUCUUUUUGACCCAGCCCGGCCAAUCCCCUUUGAGCUACUAUAGCCCCGUUGACACCUACCCUAACACACCCUGCAGUAACAGACGCCCCUACAGCACACCGGUUUGACACACAUGGACACACACACACACACACACACACUGACGUCACACACACACUCAUACAAACACUCCUUCUCCCAGGGGAAAGAGACCCAGAGACAUCACCCAUCCAGGGGAGAGAGCCACACACUGAACCCAGAGACGGAGCCUCCUGAUCGGGACAGAACUACACACGGACCCUUGUCUGGUGCAGCGGUGUGGAGUUCUGGUCAUCUGGUAUCCCAUACAGUGGAGGAGAUGUUGGGUUUGACUAUGGGAGAUGAUGGGAGAAGAUAGACGAGAGCAGCAACACACUGUUGUUUCUCUCUCUUUCUCUCGAUCUGUCUUUCUCUCCCUCAUUUUCCAUCAUCUCUCUCCUCUGCCUGAAACCUGAUAAUGUGAACGAGGUGACUGACAUGAGGGCUAUAUGUGUUUUCAUUGUAAGUUUGUAAGAUUUUUUUUUCUUCCAGAGUUUAAAGGAGCAGUAUGUCCCUGGUUGACCCUUAGAAUUUCUUUUUUUUAGCAGUUUUACAUGUGAUUUAAAAAUAUAUAUAUAUUGUAAGGGGAUAUCCGGAUGCAUUAUAUAUAAUCCUGGCUAAAACAAUACAAAACACACAAACAUUUUAGCCAACGAGGGCAUCUGUUUGUCUAAUUCUAUGAUGUUUCACUUAGCCCUUACCCUGUCCUUCAAAACAGAGAUUCUGUACAUUUACUAAAAGAUGUUCAUCAUGAUCACUGUUGAUAAUAUAGACUAGUAUUGAUAAAAGAGAUUUGACUGUUUUCACACAAUGCACUUUUCUCACAGGGUGCGUCCCAAAUUGCAUUGUAUUCCCUAUAUAGUACACUACUUUUGACCAGGACCCAUAUGGGUCUGGUCAAAAGUAGUGCACUAUUUAGGGAACAGGAUGCCAUUUUCGACAAAGCCAUAGUCUUCACAUCUUAGUCUUCCUCACUUCUCGUCCUUUUGUAAUUCUUUAUUAGAGAGUUGAUGGGAAAAUGGACAUCUGUCUGUUCACGUGUUGAUUUACUGGAAAAAACACUCAAAGUUUGUGUUCACUGCUAUGUAGUCACACACUCACACAAAGACACUGCUUGCUGCCUGUAGUCUGCCAAUGAAGGUAACUUUAAUAUUGAAUUCACUAAUUCUAUAAUAUAUUUAUUUUUUCUAUUAAAGGUGGACUCUGAAAAAUGACAUCAUCAUACAGAGCAGGGCAACUUCCUACCUACAGACAAUUUGCACUGUUCAUUGACACAUGCCCAUAUUGGGAAGAGCCAGUGACAGAUUAUAAUUUUGUUGUUGAUGAUGUCUCUAAACAGGAAGUUGACCCGAGGUGUACGAUGAUGUCAUGUAGCUGAGUCUCCCUUUAAAAUGAACUCUCUGAAGAUU